AUGAAGCAUCUGGUUCUGCUGUGCAUCCUGCUGGUCGCCUCUCAGGCCAAGAUCUUAAAGAAACAAGAACUGUGCAAGAAUCUGGCAGCCCAGGGCAUGAAUGGCUACCAACACAUCACUCUGCCCAAUUGGGUCUGUACUGCAUUCCAUGAAAGUGGUUAUAAUACUCAAGCCACCAACCACAAUACAGACGGCAGCACCGACUAUGGGAUUCUCCAGAUCAACAGCCGUUACUGGUGCCAAGAUGGCAAAACACCUGGAAGCAAGAAUGCUUGCAACAUCUCCUGCUCUAAGCUCUUGGACGAUGACAUCACGGAUGACUUGAAGUGCGCCAAGAAGAUCGCGGGGGAAGCCAAAGGGUUGACACCCUGGGUGGCCUGGAAGAGUAAAUGUCGGGGUCACGAUCUGUCAAAGUUCAAGUGCUAGACCCCCUCAGCUCUCGGCCCGUCCCGGCGGGACCCGCUGCUCCCGAGCUCAGCAACCCUCAACCGCAGAUUCCCGGCCCCCAGCUCCGGCUCCCUGGAUCGCUCCUCUCGGCCUCUGUCCCUUUCCGCCUCUGCCCGUUUCUGUCCUCAAUAAAGACUUCUGCUUCU